UCAAUUGCAGUUACAAAUAUACAUAGAAUUGAGUCAUCAGGUUUCGUAUCAGUAAGGUUAAUAGUUCAAGCAUCACCCCCAUCUUUUAACAAUCCAAUUCAAAUGAACUCAUCACAAAAUGAAUUG